AUGGAUAGCGUUCUUCGUCAAUCCAAGGCCAUGUGCCCGUUCCUCAAGACGGCCUCGCCCGCCACUCUCCGAGCCCUGUCAACCACGGCUCGCCCCAAGCCAUCGCCAUGCGGCGGCACCAUGUCCAAGCUUCAGGUCUUUGCUCACCGUUGCCCUGUUAUGGGCCAGGCUAUGGCUGUUCAGUCGGCCAGGAAUGGAUUCGCUGCUGCUGGACUUCGUGCCGUUUCUGGCCAUACCAAGGCUAGCAAGGCUCGCAUCCAUACCAGCCGCACUCAGGAGGCUCGAGCCGUCGACACCCCGAUCCUCGAGGGCCGUGACAAUGGACGCCUUACUCAUGGUCAUGCCGGAUCGGUUGGCAAGUUCAACUAUGAAGGCUUCUACACCUCCGAGCUUGAUAAGAAGCACAAGGACAAGUCUUAUAGGUACUUCAACAACAUCAAUCGUCUUGCCAAAGAAUUCCCACGCGCCCACAUGGCCAAUAAGGAGGACCGAGUCACGGUUUGGUGUGCCAACGACUAUCUUGGCAUGGGCCGAAACCAGCGAGUUCUCAGCAAGAUGAAGGAGACUUUAGAUGAGUACGGUGCUGGUGCUGGUGGUACUCGCAAUAUUUCUGGACACAACCGGCAUGCCGUUGAACUUGAGGGCACCCUUGCGAAACUUCACGCCAAAGACGCGGCCUUGGUCUUCAGCUCUUGCUACGUGGCCAACGACGCAACGCUUGCGACUCUCGGCAGCAAGAUGCCCGACUGUGUCAUCUUGUCCGACAGUCUGAACCACGCGUCCAUGAUUCAGGGCAUCCGCCAUUCAGGCACCAAGAAGAUUGUAUUCAAGCACAAUGAUGUGGCAGAUCUGGAGGCUAAGCUUGCAUCCCUGCCUCUUCACGUGCCAAAAAUCAUUGCGUUUGAGUCUUUGUACAGCAUGUGUGGUUCAAUUGGACCGAUUGAGGAGAUUUGUGACUUGGCUGACAAGUACGGCGCCAUUACAUUUUUGGAUGAAGUACACGCCGUCGGUAUGUACGGGCCACAUGGCGCUGGUGUGGCCGAGCAUCUUGAUUGGGAAGCACAUCAAAAGGGUAUGCCUCGAGGUACCAUAAUGGAUCGCAUUGAUAUCAUUACAGGUACUCUGGGCAAGGCUUACGGCUGUGUGGGGGGUUACAUUGCCGGAAGCUCCAAGCUGGUUGACAUGAUUCGAUCGCUCGCUCCAGGCUUCAUCUUCACCACGUCACUGCCACCUGCCACCAUGGCUGGCGCGAAGACAUCCAUUGAGUAUCAGAUGGAGUAUGCUGGUGAUCGUAAGCUGCAGCAGCUGCACACGCGUGCUGUCAAGGAAGAGCUCAACAAUCGGGACAUCCCAGUCAUUCCAAACCCGUCUCACAUUAUCCCCAUCUUGGUGGGUAAUGCCGAGAUGGCCAAGGCAGCAUCUGAUAUGCUUCUGCAGGAUUACCAAAUCUAUGUACAGUCAAUCAACUAUCCGACUGUGCCCGUUGGACAGGAACGACUCCGCAUCACGCCCACGCCUGGUCAUACUAAGGAGUACCGGGACGAGCUUGUCGAAGCCGUUGACCAGAUCUGGUCCCGCCUUGGAAUCAAGCGCACGUCUGAAUGGGCCGCAGAGGGAGGUUUCAUUGGAGUUGGCGAGCAGGGUAAAGUCGAGGAACCUCUGUGGAACGACAAGCAACUGGGAAUUGAGCAGGCAGCGAAGGAGAUGAUGGCUACGGGACGGGCAAAUGCCUCUGGGUUCACCGAGGCUCUGCUCGAGCGCGAGAUGAGCAAUGCAACGCGCACCACCGGCGUUGCAGCUCACUGA